AUGGAUCGGCAGCAGUUAGAAAAGUUAUCUGUGAGUGAGCUACAGGAUGAAGCCAAGAAAUAUGGGCUAAAUCCUCCGAACGAUACAUCGCGCUGUAUAGACAUGAUUAUGUCUUAUUUGGAGAGACAAGCCACGUCCGAUCUACAAAAAAGAGAAACGCGUGCCGCCACUAAAACUAAGGCGAUGCAAUCAACAGUCGCAGUGACGACGCCGACAGGAUCAUCCGAUUUAUCUCAAAUAUGUGCUUGGAUGGCAGAACAAAUGCGUAUUCAGCAGGAAGAUAAGCAAGAACAAAGGCGUCUCCAGCAAGAACAAAUGCGUAUUCAGCAGGAAGAUAAGCAAGAACAAAGGCGUUUCCAGCAAGAGCUAAUGCGUCUCCAACAGGAAGAUAAGCAAGAGCAAAGGCGUAUCCAGCAAGAACAAAUGCGUCUUCAGCAACAAGAAAAGCAAGAACAAAUGCGUAUCCAGCAAGAGGAUAAGCAAGAACAAAGGCGUAUUCAGCAAGAGCAAACGCUUAUUCAGCAAGAGUUUCAACGAGAGCAAGCUCGAAACCAACAGGAACAGCAGCGGCAAAAUCAAGCUAUGAUGCAACAGAUGGUCGAGUUAACUAAUUUGUCUCGUGAGAACUCUCAAAAUGGAAUACGUAAUAUUACAAGUGAAGACAAUGUUAUACGUGCGGAUCCCGAUAGUUCAAUUACACGUCGCCAGCCAAUUUCGUCAGCGACCGCAUACGCUGUUAAAUUGUUGACGACUCAAAUUCCUGAAUUUGCCGGAACAGAAGAAGAAAAGAUAGAAACAUGGAUUCAGACUGGAGAGAGAAUUGCACAAAUCCAUGCAGUUUCGGAUGAUGUGUUACUCUUAGCAGCCUCUAGUAAACUCGUCAAAAAUGCCAAAAGAUGGUUUGAUCUCAAUGUAACAACGUUGAUCGAAUCAUGGCAGAUAUUUAAAGAAGCCAUAAUACGUCGAUUUAAAAGGAAGAUAUUGUUUCAUGUGGCUAUGCAAAAAGUUGAAGCAAGAAGAUGGAAUUUUCCAAAAGAGCAAUUCCAAGAUUACACCAUGGACAAAUUAGUAUUGAUGAAAAAUCUGAACUUGCCAGAAGAAGAUGCCAUUCAUCUACUUAUUAAUGGUAUUGGAAGCCGAUCGUUGAGAGAAGCAGCUGCAGUUCUUCAUUGUGCAACAGUCGAUGAGUUCCUGGAAGAAAUGCACCGGAUAACAUCGGUGUCAGCCGAGCCCACUCGGAAGAUUCAUCAUCAGGAGAUCAAGAAUGAUAAGGUGAAAAAUAGUGAGGACACAGUUCCUAAAGAUAGCUCAGUGUCAAAAUCGGACAAAGAUGUGUUUUGUGUUUAUUGCCGGGCAAAAGGUCAUGUCCGAGCUGACUGUUACAAGUUAAAAAAGAAGGAGCAAUCACCACCUGUGGUAACUGCCAAACCAGCAUCAGUGGUAUCUGCAGUGGAAGAAGACGUUCAGGAGAUGGAGAUUGCGACAGUGAAUGAAGAUUCCGGUAGGAAGUUAGAAAUUCCUGAUGCGCGUAUUAUUGUAACUUCGGUGAAUGAAAUUCCAUAUGGACUUGUCUUUCAUAAAGGAAAGGAUAAACCUAGAUUCGUAGUUCCAGAAGUUAUGAUAAAUAACAUUAUUCGGGUAUAUCAUGAUGAUAAGGCGCAUUGUGACGUUAACAAAACCUUCCAAG